AUGGACGGUACCUUUGACUUUUACUCGAUCUAUGCCGGCCAACCAAUGGGCAAAAUCCCACGCCUCCUGGGGCGCAAGGUCAUGGAGCGGAUUGUGGGCGAGAUGCUCAACCUCGAAGACUACUUUUGCGCCGACGACGUGCAGUCACGCGUCAUCCGGCAGCGCCGGCUGUCGUCGCCGGUGCCGUUUCGAGCCAACGCGUCGUACUGCGACGUGUGCUUUCGCGCGUUUAAACUCCUCUCGCACAAGCUUCAGUGCUACUUUUGCCACCACGUAUUAUUGACUGCAUCCUCUCUGAGUACUUAUUGGCUACGUUAG